AUGGUCAUUUUUGGUCAAAACUCAGCCGUUUUAAUAACAGGAGCAAAUCGGGGCUAUGGCGAAGCUAUUGCUAGAGAGUUUCUUUCCCGUCUUGAUAAGGAUUCAUUGCUGCUUCUUCACAGUAGAAACGGAACGAUUCCCUGGCUAGAGAAAGAAGAAAAGAAAAGAUGCGAAGUGAAGAUUUUGAAGGGCGACCUUGGCGAGCCCCUGAAUUGGAUGGAACUUAUCAAAACAACAAGAAAGUCGUAUCGAAGUGCAUUUUUAAUUUCAAAUGCAGGCACUUGCGGUGAUAUCGAAAAGCCACUUUUGGAAACAGGCCACUCUUUAGAGGAGCUGAGUAAUUUCUGGACAUCGAAUGUCGCUCAAUUCAUUCCUCUCGCGACCGCUUUCAAGAAUACCUUUUCUGAGAGCAAACUUCAUAUCGUGAACAUAACGACUCUCUUGUCAAAAGUCAAUGUGCCAAAAUGUUCACUUUAUUCUGCUUCCAGGAGAGCUAGAAAUUGUCUUCUUGAAGGAAACGUCGACAUUCUUGAAAAAGACGAGUACAUCAGCGGCGAAUACAUCGACCUUUUCGAUGUCUGGCAAGCCGAAGACAAACAAAAAUCAACAAAUGAAAAAUAA